AUAGCACCACCGCCAAGACAUGACUCCAGAGCCGCACGUGGGUGAACACAGCUCCGGGCGCAUUGUCCGAAACAUCUGGCCACGGCCUUUAUUCUACGAGGCCGUGGAUCGCAUUCGUGGGCAAACGCCAAUACACGAAGCCCACUUAUUCUGCCUGCGCUAUCUGCUCCCCUGUGCGGUCGAGGUCAUUCCGCGGUCUCUCCUGUCGUAUUUGCCGUGGCGCCUUUCGGCCGACACUCAGUCAUUGGCCAGAAAGAGUCUUCGGAGUUACGCUGCGCGGCCUACGCUCUGAAACAGUUUGUCGCCGGCACCGGUGAUCAGACCAACAUCAUGAGCUUUAUGUCGGAAAAAGUGCUACUGUUUUGGGAUUGGCGGUGGUUGACGACAGCCGUAGUGUUCCUGCUGUCUUAUGUCGUGGUGCGAUUCUACCACAAAGUGUUCAAGUACCCGAAAGGCCCCUUCCCACUGCCUAUUGUGGGAAAUCUACUGACUCUCCGCAACAUUAAUGAGCUUUACGAGGCGACCGAAGCUUGGGCCCGGAAAUACGGGGAUCCGAUCACGCUGUGGAUGGGGGAGAAGCCGAUGGUUGUGCUCAACACACAAACACUGGUGAAAGAAGCGUUCAUCGAAAAGAGGCACGAUUUCGCUGGGCGUCUGCCCACCAAAAUGGGUGAACUCCAGACGCUAGGUAACCACGACAUCAUCUUCGAGGAUUAUAACCCAAGAUGGAAAGCGCUGAGGAAGGUGGCGCUGACUGCAGUACGAAAAUACGCUGUCAGCGAAUCUCUGGACACACUCUGCUGCCAGGUGGUGGACGCUUACGUGGAUUCUCUCAAGGAAGGACCCAAUGUAGUGGACUCAAAGGUUCCCUUUGAGUACAUGAUCUACAACAUCAUCGGAAUCUCUGUCUACGGAGCAAAGUUCGACAGAGAGAGCCCAGAGUUGGAAGAGCUACAGGCCAUUAACAGAGAAUUCUUCAAAGUAGCCCCCAAUGGUCUUCCCAGUGACAUCGUACCAUGGUUGGGUCUACUUUACCGGGCGCGCGAGCGCAAGAUUGAGCUCCUUUUUAAGAAAGGCUGGAAAAUACUGGACGACCUCUACAAGCGAGCUUCCAAAUCGUACGUUCCCGGCAAAAUCGACAACUUCACUCACUCUAUGUUGGCAGCAAGAGAAGAAGCCAUUGAGCAGGAAAAGAAUGACGCCCAAUAUCUAACCGAAGCUAAUAUGGUUCAGAUCCUAACGGACAUAUGGGGUGCUGGUACGGGAACUUCGAUGGCGCAGCUAGAGUGGCUAUGUCUGACCAUGACGAGGAAGCCAGAGAUACAGGAAAAGAUGAAGAAGGAAAUAGAAAACAACCUGGGACAAGAUCGCCCCAAGCUCCAAGACAGGGAAAAACUUCCCUACACACAGGCCUGCAUCUUGGAGUCCUUGCGCAUGUACCCCAACGCUCCACUUGGCAUCCCACAUAGCACAUCGUGCGACACAGAAGUCGGGGGAAAGUUCGUUCCCAAGGACACUGGCAUCCUCUACAACAUCUACGCCAUUAACCACGACCCAAACCUGUGGGAUGACCCCGAGGCUUUCAGACCGGAACGGUUCCUGGACCCUGUCACGGGCAAGAUCAAACAGGAACUACUGCCGCAGCUGAUGACUUUUGGCCUGGGCCCCAGGACGUGUCCCGGCGAGAAGUUGGCGCACGUGGACAUGUUCUACGUUCUUGUUCGCUUCAUGCAGCGAGUCGAGAUCAGUGCUCCGGAAGGAAAAGCGAACACCGCCAUAGCGCCGCUUGGUUCCAGCCUGUUUUUGAUUCCAGGAGAACAGGACGUUGUGCUGACUCGGAAGGACUAGAUCGAUAAAACAUAAACAGCGGGAAGUGUACAUUCGGCUAUAUGUAAGUCGCUGACAGAUUAAAAGCACUAUUACGUCCAUGUUUUUUUGCUUCGCGAUUUGUUCUUGGGGUCCUUGCUAACUAAUAUAACCGUCUUUUUGGCUUUAAUGCGAUAAUAAGUUUGUUCGGGUCUUGCCACGCCUUGUGAGUUUGUUGAGUGCUAUCAGCGACGUUAAAAACACUUCUCUCGCAUUUUUUAACGUUUUUUAUGACCAUGACAUGCUGAAGGUGUACGAGUACGAUGUGUCAAUAUAGAAGAUUAUACAGAACGCUGCGUUCCUGAAUAAUCUGGCAGUCGCCCAGUUGUUCUGCUACCAUUCCUCAUCCAGUUUAGCAGUCACCUUGU